AUUAUGGACAGUCCCAUCCAACCAAGAAAAAAAAAAGGUGAAAAAACGUUCGAUUUUCGGAUUGCAUUCGAAUAUUGCAAUAUCGGUUGUUCCAAUUGGAACAAUUUUUUUCUUGAAAAAAAACAUGAUGGAUAAUUUAUCAUCAUCAUCGAUUUAUGAUCAAACCUUGAACGAUGAUGAUUCAAAUGAAUCAACUUUUUAUACAACCGAUUCACCCAGUCUAUCCAGUCGAUCAUCAUCUUCAUCAUCAUCGUCGACGACAAUCAGAGAGCAGAAUAAUUUUCAUGAAGAUCAUGAUUCUACUGAUAAUGAUUCUACGAUAUGGCAUUCAUUUAUCAAUGAUAACAAUGAUGAGAAUAAUGAUAAUCAACAAUAUCAAUUAUUACAAGAAAAAUUUCAAUCAAUUUAUCAAAAAUUAAUAUUUCUACAAACAGAUUUUGAACGAAUCGAAAUCUUUGAACAACAAUUAAUGGAUUUAUCCAGACAAUUAUCCGAUUAUCGUUUGAAAAUAACCGGACAAUAUUCAACAUUGAUGAAAAUGUUUCAAGAAUUAUCGGAUUCUAUUAGAUUUGGAAUGGUUAAUGCUGUUCCUAAUUGUUAUCAACAACAACAACAAUCAUCAUCAUUAUCAUUACAGGAAAAUCAUUCAUCGAAUACUAAAAUGUGUCCUAUGGAUGAUGAUAAUGAUAAUGAUUAUGAUCGAAUUCGUUAUAAAUUACGUCGAUUACCAGCAUUUGUUCGUGGUUAUCUUGUUCGACGAUUAUUAUCGACUGGAAAACUAAAAAAUUUACGUCGUACUAUUCGUGAUACAUCGGCUAUAUUAGUGAAUUUUAAAAAAAAUUUACAAACAAACAGCGAUGAUGGUCGAUUAUUAGUUACCGAACAAGAUGUUCUAUUUCAUCGACAAUUAUGUCAACAAUUAGAAAAAUCUUGUCAUGAAUUUUAUCGAAUUUUUUUCCAAUUAUCAAUCGAUAAACAAAUGCAAUUAAUACGUUAUGAUCGUGAACAUCGUCUGAAUCGUUCAAAUUCAAUAACAUCACAAUAUUCAUCAUCAUCAUCCAAUUUUUCAUCAUUAUCAUCAUCAUCAACAACAACAACAGUAUCCCGAAAAAAUAAAUCGAAAAAAAGUUGAAAAUAAAAUUCUGAUAAAAACCAUUGCUAAAUUUUUCAAUUUAGCAAAAAAAGAUUUUUCUUCUCUUUUUUCGCGGUUUGGUUCUUCGAAUUCUUGGUUAUCAAAUGGAUGGCGUUAUGCGCCCGCUACUACCACCACCACCCCUCAUAC